UGAAGAGCCUUGACUACAACAGGAGGAUGUGGCCUGAGGAAUAGCAGAGGUCUUUUCUCCGCUGCCAAAACGCACCCACUGCCACCAUAGACACUUGAGUCCUCAAGAAGUCUCCUGGAGGCCUGAAUCUACUGCAAAUCUGCCAUGAGCCAGGCCCUGAGCUGGGCCUCAGCUUCACCCUGGUGAGCAAAAGUCUGUCCCUGGCCUCAAGGCACUCACACUCAGUUGAACGAUGGGUGAAGAACGAUGGGUCUCUCUCACUUCAGAAGAAUUUAAUCAACUCCAGAAAUACUCAGAAUAUUCCUCCAAGAAGAUAAAGGAUGUCUUGACUGAAUUUAAUGAGGGCGGGAGCCUCAAACAAUAUGACCCACAUGAGCCAAUAAGCUACGAUGUCUUUAAGCUGUUCAUGAGGGCAUACCUGGAGAUGGACCUUCCUCAGCCACUAAGCACACACCUCUUCCUGGCCUUCAGCCAGAAGCCCAAACAGGAGACCCCUGACCUCCCAAAGGAAGGGGCCAGCAGCUAUGAGCCAAAUAGCCCAGAUUCUAAUCAGAAUGCAGAUAAUGCUACCAAAGCAGAUGAGGCCUGUGCCCCUGACACUGAAGCAAAGAUGGCCAAGAAGCAAGUACCAGCUAAAGACCAAAUGGCUGCAGCCUGCCUGGGAGAACCUGAUGCACAAUCAUCAAGCUCAGAAUCCCCCAUAGUGUAUCUGAAGGAUGUUGUUUGUUACCUGUCCCUGCUGGAGACCGGGAGACCUCAGGAUAAGCUAGAGUUCAUGUUUCGUCUCUAUGAUUCGGAUGAGAAUGGACUUCUGGACCAAGUGGAGAUGGAUCGCAUUGUCAAUCAAAUGCUGCAUAUAGCCCAGUACCUGGAGUGGGAUCCUACGGAGCUAAGGCCUAUAUUGAAGGAAAUGUUGCAAGGGAUGGACUACGACCGGGAUGGCUUUGUGUCUCUACAGGAAUGGGUUCAUGGAGGGAUGACUACCAUACCUCUGCUGGUCCUCCUGGGGACUGACGACUCUAGCUCCAAGGGGGAUGGGAGGCAUGCCUGGACCCUGAAGCACUUCAAGAAGCCAACCUACUGCAACUUCUGCCACAUCAUGCUGAUGGGUGUGCGGAAGCAAGGCCUGAGCUGCAUUUACUGUAAAUACACUGUCCAUGAACGCUGUGUAUCCAAAAACAUUCCUGGGUGUGUCAAAACAUACUCAAAAGCCAAAAGGAGUGGCGAGGUGAUGCAGCACGCAUGGGUGGAAGGGAACUCCUCCGUCAAGUGUGACCGGUGCCACAAAAGUAUCAAGUGCUACCAGAGUGUCACCGCGCGGCACUGCGUGUGGUGCCGGAUGACG